GGUUUCGUUUGGAGAAGCUGCGGAGGGAGGAGGAGGACAGAGCAUGGCGAUCAACCCCCUCUGUCUGACCAUAGAUUAGGAUCGGAUUUUUGGGGUAGUGUUGCUUCAGUUUUCAAAUGCUUUUGCGUUGGAGUUUCUGCCACAAUGCCACGACCUUCCACAACUACCAGCUCUGGAUAUCUACUCGCCCUUACCCAAGCGAUAGAGAAAAAGCUCCAACGGGCACUCGCCUCACAAUCCCAGAGACUCAACUUGUUGCAAGAACUGUUUGCGGUUAUAGCCUUAGAGGUUGAUGGCCGUGCCCGAGACAUUAUUCAUAUGAGGGAUGACGACGGAGUUUCUCCUGAGGAGGGUAGAAUCCAGAAUCAGCUAUGCUUUUAUGAUGUGCUUGCCGAUCAUUAUGUUAGGGUUCCAGACAGUGGAAAACUUAUCCUUGAUUUAAUUGUCCAACUCUGGAGCCAGUCUUUUGCAUCUAAUAUCUUUGCACUCCCUUUCCACAAAUGGGUAUUUGAAGUUCAACUUGAAAAUUCAGAAGUCCUUGUCCGUUACUCCUCUGCCCUUGUCCAUGGUGCUACAAAUGUUUUCUGGAUUGACAUCCAAACAAACACAAGGCGUUUCUUCUCUUUGUUCCAAUGUCUUCUUGAGGAGGUUGCCCUUGUCUACAUGCGCUUAAAUAAAAUCGCCCCUCAGGCCCAGAGAGAUCUAUAUCUUUUACUCUCCAGGUUCAUAUUCUUUUACAAUUUAGUUGACAAGCUUGAAAUUUUCUUAAAGCAAUUUCCUGUGUUUCCAAAUGCAUUUUUGGUUGGUGGUCCAGCAGACAUUUUUGUUAUUGAGCUCACAGAUCAGCUCCAAAAGUUGAAGGUGGAGCCAGUACUGCUACUUUACCUUUCCCAGAUAAAAGCUUUUCAAGGCUUGGAGCUGAGGAUGACCACAAGUACAAGGCUUAAGGCGUGCUUGUAUAGCUUCACAUCUCCUGGUGGUCCAAUGUAUCCAACAAGAGCUGUUCGUCAUGCAGCCUGGGAUGCAUUGGAUUUCCUUUUUCCUGUAGGAAGAUAUCCUCGUCACCUCAUAAGUUUGUUCUUCCGGUUACUCUAUCCAUGGUACUGGUCCUCCUCUUGUUUGAAUUUUAUACUGUCUUGCGCCAAGGCCAUCCUGUACUCCAUACUGAGGUUAAUCUUUUCUAAAUGGGAGAAUGUGAGGAAACCAUAGAACUCCUGAUCAGAAGUUGGACGUGCG